AAAUAGAGAAUGGGGUCCCGCUAUUUGGACCAUCCACAUGCAUUGCCAAGGAGAUUCCCUUGAUUAUAAAGACACAAUAUUAUAUUAGUCCAUUACACAAGUACUACUUUACCUAUACUACCACACAAAAGACCAUAAGAAUACGUCUCCUUACUCUUUCACUCAAAAAUAUUUUUCCAUUACAACUCAUCAAGCUGCCUAAAAUCACCCGAACCCACAAACCCUUUUUAGUCAUUUACAGUUCCCAUGCACCUAAAUAACGUAGAAGAACCGCACUCAUCAAUAUAAACACUUUCCAUAGUUUUCUUUCAUUAUAUUCAAAGCUAUAUAGCUCUCACCCCACAAAACAGAAAAAAAAAGUCCUCACUUUGAAAAAAGCAAAACCAAAACCAAAAGUCCUUUGCCCAAAAACCCAUCAAAAAAAUGGAUCGUCUCAUUAAAAUCAUGCUAGUAAUAUCAGCUGUUUCAGCUCUUCAUAUGGUCAAUGGAUUGGAAUCACGGAAGCUUGAUGAAACCCCAACUACUGUUCCAGCAGGGGAUGAAAAGUGCACUCCCUGCACCCAAUACCCGCCGCCACCUCCACCGUCCCCUCCUCCUCCAUCACCACCACCGUCGCCAAAGAAGCCGCCCUCUCCGGCAACCCCAUACUGUCCUCCACCGCCGGCUUCGUUGCUGUACAUAACUGGUCCUCCAGGAGAGCUUUAUCCAAUCGAUCCGGACUACACCAAUGAUGCUGGUAAGAGUAUUAGUUUAAUUGAGGCAAGGUUACCAGUUUUGAUUGGUAGUGGAUUGUUGGCUGUUCUAGCUUUAUGGUAAAAACAGAAGAAAAAAAAAUAACAAAUUGUAGAUGUUAAGGGAUCAUGGGAUAAUAAGAUCACGAUUCAAAAUAGAAGAAGAGAAAUUUUGUACCCAAUUAUUAAAGAAAAAAAGUUCUUAUAUUGGGGGGACUUGUUUUAUUUGAUCAUCAAUUGUUCGUGAAUGAACUUUUCUUUCUCAAUUUUAUCUUGUUAAUGAUCAAUCUAAUCGGAAUUCGUAUCGAA